AUGCUUUCCUCUAGGGCUGUUGCAUAUCUGAAUAUCGAUGUUUCAGUAGUCGGUCCGGUUUUACUCCCAUCUACAACUCCCCAACUUGAUGAACUACUACUGGAAACAAUUAAACUGGUUCAAGACCCCGAUAAUUCAUCUCAAACUGUUUAUGAUUCAUGGGUCAAACCCAAUGCUUCUCCCAAGGUUCAACGACUGGGCAAUGGAGGAUCAGACUAUGCAGCAUUCGUUCAACAUGUUGGCAUUCCAUCCACCAACUUGAUAUUUGGAGAAGGUAGGGGCGCACUUCGUGUUGUUUAUUUUUACAGUUUCUCGUAUCUCUAA